AUGACGCUGCGUGCCAUCAUCACCACCAGCGCUCCCCGCGUCUCACGCACGACCCAUCCAUCCCAUCCCCAGCAUCUCUGCGUGCAUCACAUCCGCCUGCAGCUGGAGGCCAGAGCCCAGGGCGGGGGUGACCGCGCGGUGGAGGCGUUUUGCGCUCUCGAUGAACCGGAGAUCGGCUUGACACCGGCGGACUGCACAGGACUGCACUCCAUUUCCAUGACGACCGAGCGGGUUGUGGGUGCGGAGAUGAGGAGUGCGAUGGAGGCAGACACCAGGAGAGCCAAUCAGGUCCCCGAGGAUCCUGACAUGGAUGAUAGUUCGGAGAAAACCCCAAGCAAAGCUUCCAAAUCUCCCCAGAAAAGCACCAAAAGACCCAAGACCGUGCGUGUCAAAAUCACUUUACUGGAUGGAUCGGACUAUGACACAGCAGUGGAGAAAUUUGCCAAAGGACAGACGCUGCUGGACAUGGUGUGUGGCCAUCUGAACCUGCUGGAGAGAGACUACUUCGGACUCAUGUUCCAAGACACUGACCACUCCAAGAAUUGGCUGGAUCCUUCCAAAGAGAUUAAGAAGCAAAUUCGGGUGGGCUCCUGGGUGUUCGCUUUCUCAGUAAAGUUUUAUCCUCCGGAUCCAUCGGUGCUCAUCGAAGACAUCACCAGAUACUACUUGUGUCUCCAGCUGCGCGAUGACAUCUUGUCCGGACGCCUGCCUUGCUCCUUCGUCACCCACGCGCUCUUAGGUUCCUACACGGUGCAGGCUGAAAUAGGCGACUAUGAACCAGAGGAGCACGGCCCGGAUUACGUCAAUGAUUUCCGCUUUGCACCAAAUCAAACGCGAGAGCUGGAGGAGAGAGUCAUGGAGCUGCACAGAAACUACAGGGGGAUGAGUCCAGCAGAGGCGGAGAUGAACUUUCUAGAAAAUGCCAAGAAGCUUUCGAUGUAUGGAGUGGACUUACACCAAGCCAAGGAUUCAGAGGGUAUUGACAUAAUGCUGGGGGUCAGUGCCAGCGGUCUGCUCAUCUACAGAGACCGCCUCAGAAUCAACCGUUUUGCUUGGCCAAAGAUUCUCAAGAUUUCCUACAAGAGGAGCAACUUCUACAUCAAGAUCCGUCCGGGAGAGUACGAGCAGUUUGAGAGCACCAUAGGCUUCAAGCUUCCCAACCACCGGGCUUCCAAGAGGCUCUGGAAAGUCUGCAUUGAGAAUCACACUUUCUUCAGGUUGGUGUCUCCAGAGCCUCCUCCGAAGGGCUUCCUGGUGAUUGGCUCAAAGUUCCGCUACAGUGGGAGGACACAGGCCCAGACCAGACAGGCCAGCUCCAUGAUUGACAGACCCGCCCCCCUGUUCGAACGCUCCGUCAGCAAAAGGCACAUGCUGCCGCGGAGCCUGGACGGAGCCUCUGCUCUCGGGGACAGCAUGGACCAGCUGUCUCAGAGGAGCUCCAGUGACCGCACGCAGUUCAUGUCCCGGGACGAUCUGGACCAGGAGGGGAGUCUGGACCUGGACCAUGACCAGUACCAGUAUGAAGACCAGAGCGAGUUCACAGACCAGGAGUUAGACCAGGGUCCAGACCAAUGUGACGUCUCCCCACCCCACAGCAAAACCAUUGAAUUAAAGCGAGAGGAGGCAGGCUCGCCACCAGACUCAAAGCCGGAGCAGUUCUUGGACAAACCCGAGGACGUCCUUCAGAAGCACCAGGCGAGCAUCAACGAGCUGAAGAGAGCUCUGCGGCAGCCCAACAGCAAGAAGCGCGUCCCCCCCUCCCCUUCCCCCGGAGGAACCCCCGAACGCAAGCCCACCGAGACACCUCCCACUCCUUCCAUCCAUGAGGAGCCUCUUAUCGAAGCAUCCCGGGAUCUGUGGGAGCGGCGCCUGGGCUCUGUGUCAGAGGAUGAUCAGGACCAUGAGAGCCUGUAUCUGAAGGAGAGUCACCUGGGCAUCGAGAGGAAGUGCUCCAGCAUCACAGUGAGCUCCACGUCCAGCCUGGAGGCCGAGGUGGACUUCACGGUGCUCACAGACCUGCACAGCGGCAUGGAGGAGUUCUCCCGUGGCAUGGAGGAGCUCGGAGAGAGAGAUUUGUCUCCAGACCGAGGCCUGUGCCUGGGCAUCGACCUCCUGCAGCAGCACCUCCCUGAACCACUGCCCCCUCUAGUGGCCGCCCCCAUGCCCAAAAUCAGCAGCAGCCCACCCACCAGAGCUGUGCAGCUGGAGGAAGCCCGAAGGACUGAGGGCCUAGAGGUCAUCAGACAGCCUGUGGUUCCUAAAAAGCCCAAGCGGUCGGUGCCAGUGUCGUCGAGUGUGGACAGAGAAGGCAGUCGAGUGGGUGCUGUGGCUCCUCUGAGCAGAGAGGCCAGUGAUGUGACCCCCGCCGCGGCCCCCAGGAAGUCAGAGAGCCAGCGCAACGGAGCCGAGGUCACCACCACCAUUGUGGAAUUCACUGACCAGGAUCAUGGUCUCAGCAGUCUCAGCGAUGUGUCCUACUCAACAAGACAAAGUGUUUCUCCAGUUCACAUGAGCACGUUUGGCAGAGAGAGUGCCGGCUCACCCAUCCUCACCACUGAGAAUGUGACUUCCGCCACUACUCAUGUCACCAAAACGGUGAAGGGAGGGUACUCCGAGACCAGGAUUGAAAAGAGGAUCAUCAUCACAGGAGACGAUGAUGUGGACCAAGAACAGGCUUUGGCCAUCGCGAUCCAGGAGGCCCGGCAGCAGCACCCGGACAUGCUGGUGACGAAGGCUGUGGUCGUCAGGGAAACAGAGUCGUCCACUGAAGAUCGACACGGGGCCUCGGAGUUGUGA